AAAAAAAUCAUUAGCGAAUAAGCACUCUAACUGAAAUCCAAUAACAAACUUCUCUUCAAACAGAUGCAAGUAUACAUAAAUGCCAGAAAAAAUAACACCUGGAAUCAAUCACAAGCAAGAUAAAAAUUGAUAAGGAUGUAAUUCCUUUGCGGAAUUUACUACGGAAUUUGCAGAUUUUUAAUAAAUUCAUUUUGCUAUAGGCAACGUUGAAAUCUCGCACUUUUGAAAAAAAUAUAUAAACUUAAACAUGAACGUAACGGUUUUCAUAAUUGCAUCAUGUUUAUGCUUUACUACGAUCCUUGGAUGUUAUUCUCAAGAUGAUUGUGAUGAAGGCUAUUGUUGCACGGGUGGACUAUCGCCUUGGGUUAAAGGUUCUUGCAAGAAAUACGGCGAAAAAGGUGACACCUGUGACCCAGAUAAACCAGAUGUAGGAAAAUAUUUUCUGACUUGUCCAUGCAGAGACGGCUUGAGAUGUGUUUAUACAAGUGUGAAUGCACCUUUCGGUCAAACCCAGUGCGUUUAGGUAUGGGGUCCAGAGACGAAAAAGAAGAAAUCAUUUAUUACUUAUUUACAGGAAGGAAACGAUAUUGUAUACUUAACCUUCACGAAAAGAAAUAAA